AUGCGUCCAUCAGUCAAAGGUCCAACAGUUGCUAUGUCUCGUCCGACAAAAGCUUCGCUAGCACGUCAAUCUAAAAUACGAAGUUCAAUAUUAAUUUCUUCAACAACAACAAUUACUAAUAAAUUAAAAUCAAUUCAAAAUCAUCAACAAAAUAAAUCUGAAAAUGAUCCACGAACAAUGGGUCUUACAAAACGUAUGGGAGCGAUAUCGAAAAAUAAUACGUUAUUCAAACGACCAAAAGCAUUCAAUAAACUAGCUGCAAUUAUUUCAAGUUCUUCAUUAGACAAUUCAACAGCUGAUGGAGAAACAUUAAAACAAGUUAUAGUCGCUUCAUUGACUGAAAAUGUUAAAAAACUGGAUCUUGUUGAAUCUCACAAUAAAGAAAAUUAUUUAUCUGAAUCUCUCAAAAAACCCAUUUCGUUACUUAAUCAAUAUCUGGCAGAACAUUUACAUAUUGAACAAAUCGAAUUGCCGUAUGUAAACUCAACAUUAAACGAUGAAGACGAUGAACCCAUUGAUCCAUUAUAUGCCAUGGAUUAUAUUGUCGAUAUAAUGAAUUUAUUAUAUACAUUAGAAGCAAAAUAUCCUAUUCAAUCGUCAUUUUUAACCAAUCCAUCAUUAGCAAUAACAACAAUAUCAAAUGGUAGUGCAAUAAGAUCAUGGAAACUUACAGCUAAACAUCGUAUGGUCGUUGUUGGAUGGAUUAUACAAUUAUUUUAUGCCAGAUUUCAACUAACACAAGAUUCAAUGCAUCUUUGUAUUGGUUUACUUGAUCGUUUUCUUCAGCACUGUGUCACAUCAAAUGGAUUUAUAACACAGAAAAAUUUACAAUUGAUUGCUGUCGCUACUUUUCUAAUUGCAGCAAAAGUUGAAGAAACUCAUCAUCCGCCAGUCGAUGAACUUGUCUAUGUAACUGAUCAUACAUAUACAAGUGAUCAAGUCAAAAGAAUGGAGAAGACAAUUCUUCACGAAUUAAGAUUUGAACUCAAUCGGCCUACAAGUCUUCAAUUCCUCCGCCGUUUUUCAUUCAUUUCAAGUGGUAGUGAUGAACAACAUGCUAUUGGCAAAUUUAUUAUUGAUAUGGCAUUACUCGACAUUUCUUGUAUUGACUUAUCACCGUCGCUUGUUGCUGCUAGUGCAACUUAUAUAGCACGUUAUAUUCUUAAUCAAAAAGCUACAGCAUUUGAACAAUGUUGGCCUUGUGAUUUACAAAUUCGUUCGCCGUAUAAAACACUUCACUCAUUAUCAAAUGGUGUUCGAGCUUUAGCACAAUGUAUUAAUGCCUAUUUAACUGGUAAUAGUUCAAAAGAAUACGAAAUAAUUGUUAAACGGUACGAACAUGAACAACUAUUAAAAGCUAGUUUAUAUUGUGCAGAACAAAGAACACUUAUUCAUAAAUUAGCGAAUGAACCAUUAGUAAACUAG